GAGAUCGUUAGUCCUUCCAAACGUCCGAAGAAGCCUCAGCCCCAUGCCACGAAUCGACCUUGCUCUAAUUGUAGAUGCAACCAUGUCGAUGUGAUGAAGCGCACCAAUGGCGAGAUUGAUCAAACAUGUGAACGGCGGCCGCCGCCUCCACGUCCAAGCCGAAGUAAGGCCUGUAAGUAAACAUGAACGGUUCGCGUACCGGACGACUCGAACUGACUUCUACAGGUACCGAAUGUCGUAGGCACAAGAUCAAAUGCGAGUACAAAGAAGGCGAGCCAUCAUGCUCCAAAUGCCUUCGCAGCGGGAUCGAAUGCAUACCCCACGAUCUCGGUCAGAAAUUCCAGGAAGAGGACGCCUCAUGGAAAGCUCAGAUGAAGACCGAAAUCCACCAAAUGCAGAUUGCCAUAAAGCAGCUUUUACGGCAUAACCAACUGCCUGAAUUCUCCGCGUACCCAGUCGAGCCCAGCCCGAUAGAUCCAACUUCCGCUGUGGUCGUCCCACCCAUGGACAUGACUCGCGAUAACUCCCAGGAGCCUCAAUCUCGUGACGACACAGGUCUUGUGCCAGCACCGAUGAGCAGCUUGUAUGACCUGACCCGAAUCAAGAAUUUACGCAGCUACGUGCUAUCAAAGCCCAGUGCGAGUAUGAUCGAUGAUGAUUUUAUCUCACAAGGGAUCAUAUCAUUUGAGGACGCCCACCGUCUGUUCACGCAUUAUAUGCAGAACAGCAAUCAGCUUUUGUGGGGCGGGAUCCUUUUACCUCAUCAAGAUUUGAACUCGGUCAGAAGCUCUUCAACUAUGCUCGCCGCUGCUAUUCUCACUGUGGCUGCCUUGCAUAUGCCCGAACGUGAUGGCCUUCUCCAGAAAUGUUACAGCAGUUUUGUGUCUCUAGUCAGCAAUACCUGCCUUUCUCGACAUCACACACUUGACGACAUACGCGCACUUUGCCUUGGAGCGUUCUACCUCUCAAAUCUUAGCUGGAAGCUAUCAGGUCAAGCUGUGCGGCUUGCCACCGAGAUGAAUCUUCACCAAUCGUUUCACAAGCUUAGUCGAGGCCAAAGGGAUCAGCAUGAAUGUGUAAGACUAUGGUAUACCCUCUAUGUCUGCGAACAUCAUUUCAGCAUUGCCUAUGGACGACCUCCGAUAAUUGGUGAAGACUUGGCAGUCAGAAACCUUGAGACAUUCCUGGAGCAGCAAGAUGCUGUUCCUGGGGACAUCAGGAUAUGUGCUCAAGUCGCACUUUUCAAGAUUCUGACCCAGGCCUACUACGAAUUUGGAAGUGACCAGCAGCAGAAGUUAGGCGAGCAUGAUUUUGAGCGGCUACGAUUUUUCAACCUCGCCAUUGAACAGUGGAGACUUACGUGGCAACCCAGAUCAGCGGAUAGCGAUGGCAUUGGGUCGUACCCAUCUAAAGGCGUUGUGUUGUACUAUCAUUUUGCGCGCUUUCAACUGAAUUCGCUAGCACUAAGAGCAGUUACCGAGUCGAACGCGACGUCCUUCGAGCCUUUGUCCUAUGAUCGACGUGAAGCCGCCAAUAUCGCGAUAGCUGCUGCAACCAGUACGCUCACGCUGAUCCUGGAAGAAGGCGAUCUCCGAAGAGCCUUGUCGGGUGUGCCCAUCUUCACACACGCAAUGGUUGCAUUUUGCAGUACCUUCCUGUUGAAAAUGGCCAUGAGAUGGAGCAGCAAUGCUGUUCUUACACCAGGGCAUUGGCACGCAGACGCUUCAAGCUUGGGGCUCAAUUUCAACAGCAACCAGGUCAUAUUGCUCAUACGACAAUCAGCUGACUUGUUAGCUCAUAUCUCUGGGCAACUAAACGAAAAGCACCUGACGAGACACAUCGUCUCGGGCAUUCGCUACCUUUUGAAGAAUUUUGCCACAGAGUCGGACAAUCCUAGCGACGAAGCCUCCGGUCCUUAUUUCUAUGAGCAUACGUCUGCGCAGCCGUUCCAUGGAAACCUCAAUACUUCUAUGAAUGCCCCAGGAACCGUCAACGAAAACUACAAUUUCUAUGAUCUGGUUGGCUCGUAUGGGUUUGGGUUUGACGAAUCUUACCUGGGCCAGGUUGCGGCCCAAGAUCCCGACUUAUGGUCCUAUCCAUAACGCAUUCCAAUCAAUAUAGGAUUUAAAAGUGGCUUCCAGCUCCUUGUAGAACGUGGUACGGCUAUGCA